CCGCGCAGGUCCCGACUCCCGCCGCACCUCCUCCGGCUCUGCAGUGGCGGCGGGGAGGCGAGCCGGAGCGCCAGCGGGGCCAGGGCCGGAGCCGAGCCGGGGUCGGGGCUGCAGCGGGGACCCUCGGAGGCGGGGCCAGUGGGACUGCGAUGGGCGUGGAGAUCGAGACCAUCUCCCCCGGAGACGGAAGGACAUUCCCCAAGAAGGGACAGACGUGUGUGGUGCACUACACAGGAAUGCUCCAAAAUGGGAAGAAAUUUGAUUCAUCCAGAGACAGAAACAAGCCUUUCAAGUUCAGAAUUGGCAAACAGGAAGUCAUCAAGGGUUUUGAAGAGGGUGCAGCCCAGAUGAGCUUGGGGCAGAGGGCGAAGCUGACCUGCACCCCCGAUGUGGCGUAUGGAGCCACGGGCCACCCUGGUGUCAUCCCUCCCAAUGCCACCCUCAUCUUUGACGUGGAGCUGCUCAACUUAGAGUGAAGGCGGCAAGGAGCGCGAAGUGGCGGGAGAUGGCUGCUGCUCACCUUCCUAGGCUGCUCUGCCACUGGGACGGCUCCUCCUGCUUGGGGCUCCUGAUCAGCGCUAACCUCACUGCCCCGCGGCAUAAUCCAUUCUCUGCCCAAGUUGCUCUGUAUGUGUUCGUCAUUGUUCACGCGCAUCUUUGCUUAAGGAAACUUCCGUUGCAAAUCAAAACAUUUCAGGUUGUGCAUUUUGCGUGAUGCAUGCAGUAGCCGUUUCUGAUCACAGAACACAGAUUUCUCGUUCGCACAAUCUACACUGCCUUACUUAAGCCAGACACACAAGGUGCUCAGACAUGAAAUGUACAUGGUAUACACAGAGGGACUUGAGCCAGUUACCUUUGCUGUUACUUUCUCUCCUAGAAGUUCUGUUGGCUGCUGACUUACACAAUGUCCUCUUUGGAAAUGAUAUGUAAAAUAAAGGCUCUGUGCUUGACAAA